CUCCCUACAAACGGGAAACAAGAUGGCGGCGGCAGGUCCGAGUACUCGGGCCUCUUCCGCGGCGGCAGCGGCAGCUCUGAAUCGGCGGGGUCGGCGGGGCCGCUGUGACGAGAUGGCGGCAGCCAAGACUGGGACCCCGGGCCCGGCCUCUGGCCCCGCGCUGCUGGUGUUGGCGCCGCCGGUGCUGCAGCCGCCGCCACCGCCGCGGUCGGAGGAGUCGGACUGCGCUGGGUGCCUGGAGACCCCGGGGGAAGCGGCGGCCCUGCCGUGCGGCCACUCGCUGUGCCGAGGCUGCGCCCAACGCGCCGCCGACGCGGCGGGCCCGGGUUGCCCGCGCUGCCGCGUCCGCGGUCCGGGCUGGGCCCGCCGUCGGGCCCGCGACAACUGGCAGCCCGACGCGGAGGUGCUGGGCGAGCGCGCCCGCCGCGGCCCACCCGAGCGCUGCCGCCCGCGUCGUGACGGGGGCGCGGCCGCCGCGGGGCCCAGGCCCGAGCAGGAGACGCGCGCCGCGCCCGCGGAGCCAGAGUUUAUAUUCAGAGCACCAAUCAAAUUAAGCAAGCCUGGGGAACUUCGUGAGGAAUAUGAAAGCCUGCGAAAGCUGAGAGAAGAAAAGUUACAAGAGGAGAAAACCUCUGAAGAUCAAAUCCACAGGCUGUUACCAGAGGAUACAGAAAUGGGAAAAAGGAAAAUGGAUGAACAGAAAAAAAGAGAUGAGCCAUUAGUACUGAAGACAAAUCUAGAGCGCUGUCCUGCACGUCUCUCAGAUUCAGAGAAUGAAGAACCUUCUCGAGGCAAGAUGAUACAGACACACCGCUCGGCAUUUGUUUCCAAGAACAACUCCUACUCCUUAUCUUUCCUGGCAGGGAACCUAAAUUCCAAGAUGGAAAGGAGUCAGAGCUGCAGUGACACUGGUCAGGACAGAGUGAAGGGCAGACUGAGAGCAGCCCCAACCAGCAAAGCCAAGGUCACAACCAUGACCCCAGCCUCCAACCCUAUCAUUGGCGUCCUCUUGUCCACCCAAAACAACCGCUGCCUCUCGGCCCCUGACUUAACCAUUGAAAAGCGUCUGCCCUUCAGCUCCCUCUCAUCCUUGGCUUCCUUGCAUAAGCCAGAGCGCUCCAUCAGCCCUGAGAGCAACGACAGCAUCUCCGAAGAACUAAACCAUUUCAAGCCCAUUGUCUGCUCACCGUGUACUCCUCCCAAGAGGCUCCCUGAUGGCCGUGUACUGAGUCCCCUCAUCAUCAAAUCAACACCCCGCAACCUAAACAGAAGCCUGCAGAAGCAGACUUCUUAUGAGGCUAGUCCACGGAUCCUCAAAAAGUGGGAACAGAUCUUUCAGGAGCGGCAGAUCAAAAAGACCCUUUCGAAAGCCACCCUCACCUCCCUGGCUCCAGAAACAGGGGAAGACUUACUCGUCACUGAAGUUACCCAUUCUAGCAAGGAGAAGCCACUUCUGGCUUUAAAUACAAGACUGUCCAGUGGGCAAGUACUCUCUGAGUAUACAGGACCUACCCCCACUGACCUUGAUUAUUUCCCCUCUGUUAGCCAGACAAAAGCAGAACAGGGCAGUGACAGUAAAAGGAGCACUGAGAUCCCAUUAGAAACCUGCUGUUCUUCAGAACUCAGAGUGGGAGCCAGUGGGACUUCUUUGGAGAGAGAGCAGUUUGAAGGGUCAGGGUCAUCUCCAGAUGCCAAGUUAGAUAAAACCUGUAUAACAACAACUAUGAGAAUCUCAGCAGUUAAUUCAGUGCUACCUAAAAACAGUGUGUUGGGCGGGGUCCUCAAAACAAAGAAACAGCUGAAGACAGUGAAUCAUUUUGAUCUGCCUAACGGUGUUCUGGCAGACAACCUAGGUGAGGAGCCACUUCCUUCCUUGCGUCGGGGCAGGAAAAGACGCUGUAAGACCAAGCACUUGGAACAAAAUGGCUCCCUUAAGAAACUGCGACAAAGCAGUGGUGAGGUGGGUCUGGCCCCAGCAGACCCAGUACUGCGAGAGAUGGAGCAGAAAUUGCAGCAAGAGGAAGAGGACCGGCAGCUCGCUCUGCACUUGCAGCGCAUGUUUGACAGUGAGAGGCGGACUGUGAGUCGGCGGAAAGGAAGCGUGGAUCAGUACCUCUUGCGGUCCAGUAGCAUGGCUGGGGCCAAGUAGCACCCGCUGAACAGUGUUGCCUA